CGCGGAUAUUGCGUCCAUGUCUGCCCUUCCUGUCUGGCUCGAGCGGCUGAGACAUGUUUAGCUGUUACUGUACAGCUAACUUCUGUUUGAAUGGGAUUUUAAAAUGUAUAUAUUAGAGUUUUAAAUGUUGGCGUGAAGGCUCUGGUGAGAGUAAACUGAGGGAACAAUGGUGAAGUAUUUUUGCUGUGCGAGUUCACUAAGAAAUACUUGGGACCAAGUAUGUGCUGCUUUUUGGCAGCGAUAUCCCAAUCCUUACAGCAACCAUGUUUUGACUGAGGACAUAGUUUUCCGAGAGGUUACUCCAGCCAACUGCCUCAUUUCCAGACGCCUGUUGACCAAAACAAGCCGAGCUCCACGUUGGAUGGAGCGGUACCUUCCAAAGCACAUGGCCAGCUUGGCAUACAUCAUAGAGGACUCUAUUGUGGACCCUCAGGCUAGUACUAUGACUACAGUAACGUGGAACAUCACCCAUGCUCGCCUCAUGUCUGUUGAGGAACGGUGCGAGUACCGUGUUAAUGCUGAGAAUGGCAGCUGGACGGAGAUCAGAAGAGAAGCUUGGAUCUCCUCCAACAUCUAUGGGCUCUCUCGGGCUAUUCAGGAAUUUGGCCUUGCAAGGUUCAAGACCAGUGUUGCAAAGACCAUGAAGGGUUUUGAAUUUGUGCUAGCAAAAAUGCAAGGUGAAACGCCAUCAAGAACAUAGCAGAAGCAGCUACAGAGCGAGCAAGGGCAGACGGCCCUAGCAGCUAAGAAGAAAGCCAAAGGUCCUUACCACACAUGCCCCAAAGACGCAAUAUGUCUGAAUCACUGCUUGUUUCCUACUGACAUUUCUUUAUACCAUUAUUGAUGUGAUUUAAUAUCUGGGUAAAAAAAAGAGUGAUGUGGUCAAAGCUAGACACCUCUGUGAGGGCGCAUCUGAUAGUGGAGGGUGGGACCGCAUAAUGCCUGAACUGGAUUCAGUGGCCUCUUGCAGCAUCUUGUUCCUUUUUUUACUGGACCUUUGAUACAAAAUCAUGUUUACCGCAGUAACAGACGGAGCUCUGCGUGCCAAAAUGAUAACGCUUUGCCAAUCUCGAUACGGUUGUUCAGACCUUUGUUUGAUUUAUAGCCAUUAAUGAUUUAUGCUAUUUACUGUUCUGUUUGACACUUCUCAACGGCACUUUGUGAACAUGUAGAAAAUUAGCAGUCAGAUUUCUGUAACUUUGUUGGGAUUUUGUGAAGAUUAUUAAAUGUGUACAUUAUUUGGAAGUGUAUGCAAUGGCCAGUCUGAAAAUGUAUGAUCUCUUCCACCCACCCACCCCCACAGCAUUCACCGUGGAGGCCAUCUGAGAUUUUUGUAUGGGGUAGCUUCCCCCCCACCACCAACAUCUGUGCUUCUAGAUGACCCCAGACCACAUGUUCAUUACAAAGGAAUCCAAUGCUGCUAAUCAGAAAAAUGUAUCUGGGCAGUCACUCGAAAAUCCAGUAUGGCCACCCAUGUGACAAUUCCCACAUUUUUGUAAUUAACACCACUGGAUUCCUUUAAAAAUGUCUAUUAAACCACUGGAAACAAGACCCUGGUUCAUCUAGAAGUAAAAAAUAUUCAAAAAUUCUCUUUCAAAUCAUUAUUCCAAAUCUGAGGUGGUCACCAUGGUGGCUUCCUGUAUAAUAGGCUGUGUGUGCACUUUCCAAAAAAUAAUUUACUAAACUCCACAAAAAAAUUCCACCAAAGGCUAGUACUGCUUCACUGCUAAAUGUACUUCAGCUGUAGUUUUUGUGUCAAACGCUCAUCUUUCUCACCCAAUCAGAGUGGUCAUGAUUACAUUUGUUCUUAGUUUCAAGUUCGCAGUCUGAUUUAUGGGGAAAAAAAAAAAAAAGAUUGGCAGUGCUCAGUUUGUAUAGUAAUUCCAAACUGUCUGCAAUGUAUUGAGGUCAGACCUGGAUGUCCAUGUCGUCACCUAACUUGAAAUAUUUGGGUUUUUUUUAAGUUCAGGUUAUUUCUGAUUUGUCAAGUUGUACUAAUUAGAUCAAUGAAAUAAUUAUCAUGUUAAUAAAUAAGCAUCUUUGUAAA